ACGACCUCCAGCUCGACCAUUCCCGAUCCCGUGGACUCCCAAUUGCCUGCCUCCUCUACCUGUCCGGCUGUCCCGGCUCCAGCAUUUCCACCCUCGCGCGGCGGUCGCCGGAGCGAGCAGAGCUGCCGGAAGGCCCGUCGGAUCCGCCGCCGCCAAGAUGAAUGACGCCGAUGUAGCCAAGCAGAUCCAGCAGAUGGUGCGGUUCAUCCGCCAGGAGGCCGACGAGAAGGCCAACGAGAUCUCCGUCUCCGCCGAGGAGGAAUUCAACAUUGAGAAGCUGCAGCUUGUUGAAGCUGAGAAAAAGAAGAUUAGACAAGAGUAUGAACGCAAAGAGAAGCAGGUUGAAGUACGGAAGAAAAUUGAGUACUCUAUGCAGUUGAAUGCUUCUCGCAUCAAAGUUCUUCAAGCUCAGGAUGAUCUAGUAAACAAAAUGAAAGACGAUGCGAUGAAGGAACUCCUCCUUGUCAGCCACAACCACCAUGAAUACAAGAACCUUUUGAAAGAUCUAAUUGUUCAGGGCUUGCUCCGUUUGAAAGAGCCAGCUGUAUUGCUCCGUUGCCGCAAGGAAGAUCACCAUCAUGUGGAAUCAGUACUGCAUUCAGCAAAGCACGAGUAUGCAUCAAAAGCAGAUGUCCAUGAACCAGAGAUAUUUGUUGACCAUGAUGUGUACCUACCACCUGCCCCAAGCCAUCAUGAUGCUCACGGCCAGUUUUGCUCUGGAGGUAUUGUCUUGGCUUCUCGAGAUGGAAAGAUUGUGUUUGAGAGUACACUUGACGCCAGACUGGAAGUUGUUUUCCGCAAGAAAUUGCCAGAGAUCCGGAAGCUUCUUUUUGGCCAGACUGCAGCUUAAUUGACUCAAUCCGCAGAUGAUGGUAUGGCUCGCUUCUACCUAGUGGUUUUUGCCAAAUUGAUCGUUUACGGUAUUCAUCCCCAAUGUACAAACUACCUUAUUUGUUCAUUACUGUCGCCGAGCACCGACUGUUUGUACUUCGUUCGCUCCGAGGAAUAAGAAUAAAGCACUGCUAGACUUCCCAUUGCGAAGCUGAAUAAAUAUUGUAAAGCCAUUUGUCGUGCUGAA